CUCGUUUAGAAAUGUAAUCUCGAAUUGAUGCACUCAAAUAGCAUCUUGAGUAUGAAAAGUAGAUUCACGACAAGGAGUUGAAGCAACUUAAACUUGAUGGAUAAAAAGAAGUAAAAAUGCUCACAUUCUAAAGAUUGCAGUACUUUAAGAUGAACUAAAUUAGUUGAAAGAGAUGAUUGCAAAUGUUGAAUUCUAAUAGUAUAUCAAAAUGAAGAGCGACAAUAAGAAUUUGAUACAAGAGAAUACCAUUCUGCGUGAUAUGUUGAGAGCUAGCUAGAUUACAGGUUCUACAAAAGAAAUAGAACUUAAAAGAUUGAAAUAGAAAAUGCAUAGAUAUGAUAGUCAUUCAUUACAAUUGAAAAAGGACAGCCAGGUACUGGAAUGUAAAUAAUAAUAGUCUAAAUUCUUGGAAGGUCGAAAAUUAUCACACCACAGAAAUCAAACCCAACCUUCUCUAUUGGAUUCCACAGCAGAAACGUCAACUAGGUUGUUGCCAAUAAAAUUUAAGAUUAAUUAAUGA